AUGGUGGAGGGGCAUGUGGCCGUGAUCUGCGCCGCGGUGGCCGCGCUCGCCCUCGCCGCCGCCGCGCUGGGGAUCAUCGGCGAGGCGACCAGCAAGUACGACGGCGCCACCUGCGUGUACCGGAGGACGCCGGCGUUCGGGUGCGGCCUCGCGGCGGCGGCCUCGCUGCUGACCGGCCAGGUCGUCCUCUCCGCCGCCGCCGGCUGCUGGGACCGCUGCAGGACGCGCGCCGGCGACGUCCGCCGCGCCGGCGUCGUCGUCUCUUCUCUGCUCUCCUGGUUUCUGGCGAUUCUGGCGGCGAGCGCGUUCCUCGUCGGCGCUCUGAGGAACCAGAGCGGAGAGCGGCGGCCGAGAGGGGACGUCUCCACCUACUAUAGGUGCACCGUGCUCGUGGCGGGGGUGUUCGCCGGCGGAUCAUUCCUCGCCAUCGCCGCGGCGGCCGUCGGGAUCGGCUCCUAUGUCGCCCUUGAGGAGGCGGCGGGCUCCUGUCCGCCGCCGGUGUGGCGCGGAGAGCCCCGGCAGGGCGUCGCGGGAGGGGAUGCUUAG